GCGCAUGCGUAGAAGAUCGAUAGUGCUGUCCGUAAUCGCGUGCACCCACUCUUCAGCGCUUCUCAGAGAGUAUAGGUUAAAAGCUGUGACGCCACAAGUGCAACAUCUAGCGGUACGACCAGGAACGACCAACAUGUCACGCGAAGUGUCAUCUGCUUCUACCAACAGGCAGAUUUCACAGAUUUCAUAGUACAAUAAACCAAUAAUGCCUUCCCCUCUUGAUACAAAACUGUGUCAAGAGUUGGCACAGCACAUAGAGGCAUUGACACACACAGGUCAGAAAGUUUUAGAACCCACACUCAUAAAAAAAAUUAAACAGAUUUGCAGGUCUUCGGAAGGUUAUGUGGAACAUGCUUACCACUUACUGCUUCAUCAACUUGGAGAGCAGCAUGCAGAAGUGCGUUUCAGUGCUUUCCAAAUUAUUGAUGAACUAUUCAGGCGCUCUCACAGUUUUCGAGAACAUUUGGUUUCUGAUAUGCAGCGCAUUAUGGAGCUCACAGUGGAGACAAACCCCAACAAUUGCCUCCCUCCACCAAAGAUUGCAGCUUCUAACCUCAAAAACUUAGCUUUACGGUCUUUUCAUGAAUGGAAUGUGCAGUAUGGAAGUGGAUACAAAAGAUUGCAAAUUGGAUACAAUUUCUUAAGGAAAUGUAAAAAUAUUGAUUUCGAUAAUCUGGAGUUUGAGAAUGCUAUUGAACGAGCCAGAAGAGAAGAAAAUUUGCGACAUCAACAAAUAGUGAAUGAAGAGAAGAUACAAAAAGUGUUGACAGAAUAUAAUGAUCUCUAUGAAGAAAUAAAAACCACAAUAACAUCAUUAGAUAACUGUAUAAAGUUAUUGGUGCCUUCUCUUGAUGAUUUUUUUAUAUCUUGUGAUAAUAUGGAUGAAUCGGAUAUUGAUACUUUCAACAGUGAAUUGGUUGUGACAAGCCCUCAUUUGAAAUGUUCUAAAAAAGAGAACAAAGUUGACAUCAGAGAACAUGGAAUGAAUACGAAUUUCUCUGUUGAAGUUGAAAUAAAACCUGUUGCUAGUGUUAAAGAGACCGCUGAAAAUGCAGCAGUAUUUGAGAAUGCACGAGAUGCACAACGAUUGAUAAAGAACCGUUACAUACCACGUGUAAAGAAUUGGCUUAAGGUGAUUACUAAGUGUUCAGGAAAAAGUGAUGACGUUAAGAAAAUGGUAAACCUCAAAGAUGAAUUAGAAAAAUCUCUGAAAAAAUGUGAUCAUCUUGAUAUAAGUAGAAAAAACAGUGAUGACUCCUCAGACUCUGACCUUGAAGAGGUUCCAGACAAAGAAGGAUAUGAAGAACAUGUAGUGGAACAGCAUGUCCUUUUCGCACAAAGUUCCAGUAGAUCAGAGAAGUCAGCCAGUUCAAAGAAGGACUGGAGCAUCUUUUCAAAAGACAACAAUGAAGAAGACCCAACUACGCUUCUGUCAACUUUAAGUACCUUACAAACAACUAAGAAUUCGCAUCCUUCCUGUAGUGAAAAUUCUUUUGCAACCACUUCUUCAGGAGAACAAGAAGUCAAGGUUCAGAAAACUGAAGAAAUUGAGUGUCUUCCUUCUACAUCACACAAGAACCAAUCUACCCAAAGUCGCAAACAAAAACUGCUGUCUGUUGCCCCAAAACUUCCUUUCGACAUUGAUUUAUACCAUUGGGAAGAAGAGAAGUUGGCUGCCCCAACCAUGCUGCUAGUAAAACCUGAUGGAGCCAGAUUCUGGUCUGCGACUUCCACAGACGAAAUGGAAGAAAUUGUUGUGCCAGAAGGCGCAGCCAGUUUACGAACUCGGGUAAUCGAGUUCUCUGGGAGACACGAACCCGUGAAGUGGGCUUGUCGUGCUCCUUUGCCAUCAGGAAAGUUGUGUCCCAGAAGGGACAGAUACAAGUGUCCAUUUCAUGGUCCAGUUGUUGCAAGAGAUAGUUCAGGAAAAUGUUCAAACCCAGAAGAUGAAGCGAGACUGAAACAAAUGCAAGAAGAAGAACAACAGAAGAACCCUGACUGGCAGGACCCAAAGCUUCUUCAGGAAAUCAAGGAAGCCACUGGAGUAGAUUUGAAGAUGCCUGAGAAAGGGAAGAGAAAAAAGAAAAGUGACCAAACAAAGUACCCAGGUUUAACAGACAUCAAGGCAAAACAAAACAAUGCCUACACAAGAUUAGCAAAAAAAGUAUUUAAGAAGGGAUCUAUGAAGCGAAUUGCCCAGUCUUUGGAUAAUGCUGAUCAUAAACGAUUUAGAGAUAAAUAUGGUGAUCAAUUUAAUUAUGUUCAUGAAACGUCUUAAAGAAAAUAAUAUUUAUUACAACAUUUUGUAUUUAAUAUUAAAAUCUAUAUAAAUAAAAUUUAGGUAUCUUGGAUUAUUUCAAAAUAACUCCCUUUUUAUAAUCUUUUAUGGUUACAUACAGUGGGUCAUGGCUAAAUUGAAGUUGAAAGGACCAACAAAAACUCAAUCAUACGAACAUUCUAAUUAGAGAAGAUACAUUGUUUUGUUUUGGUUUUCGAGCCAUUAAAUUUCACUUUUUCUGUAAGUAAAUAUUUUUUGGGUAAGGUUAUACACUAUACCAACAUAAUUGAACAAAGUACAUUGCAAAUAAUACAUUAAACAAAUAAAAUUGCAAUCACAAGUACACUUGAAUGCGUAAUAAUAGAAUGUUUGUCAUGUAAUAUUAAGUUUUAAGAAGAAUUGUAAAACAUCUGAUUAUUUCUGUAACAUUUGUCUUACACACAUACUUUUUGGGUUCAUGUAAUACAAAAACUUUGAAUUAAGGAGGGUAAACUUCGAAUUAUCCACAACUUUUUCAUUAAUUAAUUAAUUAUAUAUGAAGUUCAAGGGAACUUCACAAAUUUUCAAAUUAAAGACGUAUUUAAAUUAUCCAAGUCCCAAUGUACAUAAUGUAAAAACACAUUGAAUUAUUUUUUUAAAUUUAGUCUGGAUCUUUCUUUGGAAUGGCAAAUUCAUUUUCAUGUGGUUUUACUCUAAGGUAGAAAAUUUUGUCAAUCGUAAUUUGGGCCACUUUUCUCAAAUCAAAACUUUCAAUUACUAUAUAAAGGUUUGUUUAGACUAUACAAAUCUACAAUGUUAUCAUAAAAUUUGGUACUAGUGGCUAUAAAAAUAACGAGACUCUAUUUGAUUUUGAAAAUCUACCCCUCAAUCCUUACCUACCUCUUAAAGCAAAAUUUAGGAUCAAGCAAAAUUAAGAAAAAUUAAGAGACUAGGAUUUAUCUAAUCUUCCAUGGUGUCUCUGAACCAUGGAAGAUUGGGACAAGUAUACCUUGUCUCAUGCCUACUGGAUUCCAAAAACAUGACAAUUCAACAACAAAUCAAACAUGUGAGUUGUCAGUUUAACCUGGUUGAUACUGUUUAUAUCAAGAUACAUUCAAGAUUACUACAUACUAAGCAUAGUUCAUUUCAUGUUAGUUUCAAUAAUCUUUCUUUUAUCACUAACACUCGCUCCAUGAUGAAUCUCUAGUAAUGUUUUUUUUUUUGCAUUUUUUUUUUGCAUUGCAAAACAGCCAGGAUCACAG